UUGUUGUUUUUCUUUUUCUUUUUCUUCUUCUUCUUCUUUUUUCUUAUUCAUUUUUUCGUAUUCUUUUUUUCUUUUUAUUGUUAUCUGUAUUCUUAUUCGUAUCCGUAUUGUUAUUAUUAUUAUUAUUCUUAUCAUUAUUGUUAUCAAAUUCUUAAUUAUUUCAUUGUAAUAAACCUCCCUAGCUCCAGUCGCCAUGCCAACGACUCCUCCCCCCACCAUUCCACCAUGAGUUCCUCCUUUCCGGUCAGUUUCCAGAGAGGAAGUUUGCUGCCGAGUGAAAGCAGAGGAAUGAAUUUGUUUGUGUCUUCUUGUUCUGUUCCCUGUCUGCCCAUCAAUAAGUCUUCUCUGUGUUGACCCUCAGAAAAAUGGAGACUUGGACGGACGGAAUGUCAACAUCACCAUCAUCAUCUUCAUCGUCAUCUUCAUCAUCAGUGGAUGACAGGACAAGCAAAACAGAAGAUUACGCAACAGUAAUCACGGAGGUGUGGCCAGAGGCAGAGAGGGCGGAGUCCUUGGCCCGUGGGGCUGCCUUGAAGUGGGCUUCAGGGGUUUUCUGUCGACCUGAACAUCUGGAGCAAGUCAGCCAGUACAGGAAGAGAGAGAGCCGGAGAACUACUUCCAUACAUACCAGACUUAAGUCUAUGGUCCAGUCCCACUUGGAGGAGGUGGGCAGGUGCAUGGAGCAGCUCCGAGAGGCCCAGGAUGAGUUGAGGCAGGUAUCUGAGGCUUUAAAGAAGGCCGGACUGGAGUACAGCCACAACCAAGAUGGCCUGAAGAAUCUGGAAAGACUACGAGAAGUAUCAGUCAACCACGGUCAGCUGCUUGCUGCCGUCAGCAACCUACCCAGACUUUACUCUGUGCACAGCGUGGUUGUGGAAACCGAGUGUUUGGUUGCGUCCCAGCAACUCCUGGAGGCCCAUGCCCGUCUGAUGGAUCUGGAGCGCUGGCAGGAUGACAUCCUCUGGCAGAUCCAUGGCGCCGCUGGAAUAGCAGAAAGUGACCAGGAGCUGGUGGCCGAAUACUUCUCUGACGUCAGCAAGCUAGGCGAGACUUUAGGUAAGGAGCUGUGGGCGGUCGUGAGCAGUGCCCUGGCUGUGGCUCGCCAAAACCCGACACCGUUUGUAUCGGCGGUGAGGAUUGUCGAGCGCGAAGAGGACAUGGACAGAAUUCUGCUGGAGCGAGUUGGAGGCAAAGCCCGGCCUUUGCCCCCAGGACGGCCUCGCCGCUGGAGGGCACGCUUCUUCCAGGUACUAGAGGAGGCGGUGUCCGCUCGCUUCCAUAGUGUCUCCUACCUUCACACGAGGGGUCCAGGUUUGGCAGGACAUCUCUCUGCUCUGCAGCACGCCAUUAUGGCGGAUCUGGCCACGGUUCGCCACCUGCUGGAGAACUGUGUCCCGCCACACUACUGCCUAACGAGAGCCUACCUUAGGGCCAGCCACCACUGUUUACAUGCUCACCUGACACAGGUCUGCAGUUGGGACCUGGAGAGUGGGGAGAUCUUUGCGGUGCUUAACUGGGUGCUCCACAUCUACAACAGCUCUCAAAUGCUGAGUCAUCCAGAUGUGCUGAAUGUGUCGAAAGGGGGAGAGCUUGGACCCCUCAUCUCCACCGAGGGACUGGAGCAACUUCAGAACAAAUAUGUGCAAAGUGUACGGAAAAGUGUGUCCGCAUGGAUGCAGAAAGCGCUACAGGUGGAACUGCAAGACUGGCAAAGAGACCAGGAGCCUGAUAUAGACCAUGAGGGUUUCUACACGACCAGCCUGCCAACCAUCAUCAUUCAGAUGCUGGAGGAAAAUGCCCGUGUUGCCUUCAUCAUUGGACAAUCCCUCAGAGAUCAAACAAUACAAAUGGGGCUCUAUGAAAUAGAGAACCUCCUCAACAGGUUUCGAGAAGCCCUGGUGGAAUUUGGAAAGAAGCAUCGCAGUGGUCCCAGCAACAGCAAUAACCAUUUCUACCUCCACUAUCUGCUGGCCUCCAUCAGCAACUGCAUUGUCCUCAAAAAGGGCACAGAGAGCCUGCAGCAGCAGCAGUCAUCCCGGGAAUUAGGACAGUUCACUCGGACGCCUUCCAACCCGCUGGCAGCUUUGGAGCGAACAGUGAGACGAGCCUGUCGAAUGGUGAUCGAUCAGCUCCUGCUGGACCUCAAGCCUUUCCUCACAGGCCUAGUGACGCGACCCUGGAUGGUCCAUGGCGAUCCCGCUCCAAAACUCUGCCGCAUCUUGGAGCGUCAUCUGGAGCUGUACAGCCGUGUCCAAGCGCCCUGCAGACAGCGUCUUCAGGAGGAGGCCCAGUGGUUGAUGGUGGUGGAAUAUGUCAAAGCACUGAUGCAGAAGAGGCUGCUGUGUCGCAGUGCUGACGAGAGGAGAAAGUUCGCUCAGCAGAUGGUGAAGGACGACCAGCAGUUCAGACAACUUUUCCUUGGCCUGGAAAGUGAUGGGUUAGCACCUGAAGUCAACCCGAUGGCUGUACUCCCAGUCUUGGCUGACAUCAUCCGACUCAAAGACCCCAGCAUGCUCCCUCUAGUGGUGUCCGGACUUGCAAGCACAUAUCCUGACAUCAGUGAAGAGCAAGUGUCUGUGCUGCUGGACAUACGAGGGGACAUCUCCAGGGACAUCAGAGGCUCAGUGCUGAACCUGCUCGAGCAGAGCGCCAACCCUCUGCCAGUCGGAUACCGGCCUAUCUUCAUAGACAUCCUGGUGCCUCCUUCAAGCAUGGCCUUCUGCUUGCCCUCCACCAAGUGUGCAUGAAAUCAGAUAGUUAAGUUAAAGUUAAAGUACCAAUGAUCCUCUUAAAUGUGUCUUAAAAACAUUGCAUUAAUGACCUUUCACCUCAUUUCUGAAUCUAAUCUAUUUUAGUCCAUUUUAGAAACAAAAUAUUUAUUAGUGUUUCCCACAGGACUACAAAGUAUUUGUGGGGGUCUAAUGUGAUUGUGUCCUUUGCAUAUUCGCUAUGACACAUGUGCAUGCCAUUUAAAAAAACAAAAAAAACAGACUAUCUUUUGCUUGGAAGUUUACUUCUGACUUAUUUUUAAAUUAUUGUUUUCGUAUGAUAUUUUAUAAUUUUAUCUGACAGAGCUGCUUGUAUGUUUUGACAACAAUGACAAGAAAGCGCUAAAACAUACCGGUGUAGUGAGUUUAUAUUAUUCACCCAAGGAACUUUAGUUAUUAGAGUUCCGGUCGGACGGUUUUUCACGGGACACUUUUUCACGGGACACUUUUCCGGUGUUGUUGUUUCCGGAUGAUGAGAUGCUGCUCCGUUAUUGAUUUAAGUAAAGUCUGAAUGUCAUUAAAACAGUUAGCUCCAUCUUUUGACACUUCUUCCACUCCAGUCCUUGCACGCUACACCGCUACAACAAAGAUGACGGGGGGAAGACGCUGCCGAAGGUGAGCCACCUAAAUAAGACUGCCCACAAAACGACGCAUCCUGAAACAACUGUUAGAAAGCGGCUUGAAGAUGAUCUGUAAAACAUAAUCUAUGCAACAUUUUGACCAAAGAACCACCAUUAGAUGUUAUGUAGACCACAACGAAGUGUUUUCCAUUUAGAAAAAAAAAAAUAUAUAUAUAUAUAUGUCGUACACAUGCACCUAGGGAUAGGUUGAUUGGCAACACUAAAUUGGCCAUAGUGUGUGAAUGUGAGUGUGAAUGUUGUCUGUCUAUCUGUGUUGGCCCUGUGAUGAGGUGGCGACUUGUCCAGGGUGUACCCCUGACCUCAGAGACUUUGUCGGGGUGCACAUUUUUAAAAGGUCAGAAAUACAUUAUAUUGUGGGGCUAAUCCGUUAAGCGAUUUAAAAACAAAAAAUAACAUUUUAAAAUAAAUUCGAAAAUGAACUGGGAGCAAUAGGGAUACUAAAAUAGGGGUAAUGUGUUAAUGCUUUUUAGUGCCAGUUAAAAGGCGAACCGCAGCAUUUUGGACAAGCUGCAAUCGAGCGAUUGAGGCCUGCUUCAUUCCAACGUAGAGGGAGUUGCAGUAGUCCAAACGUGAUAAAAUAAAAGUAUGGAUUACCCGCUCAAAGUGGUUAAAAGAUAACACUGAUUGAAAUUUUGCUAAAAGUCUUACAUGAUAAAAACUAAAUUGUACAACAGAGUUAAUCUGAUGUUCCAAUUUAAGAUUAUUGUCAAAUUUAAAACCAAGAUUUGUGGCUGUGGGUUUCAAAUAAUGCAUCAGGUGGUCCAGGUCACUAGGAGGAGCAUUCUGUUUUACUUUUGAGUCGAAUAAAAUAGUUUCCGUCUUCUUCUCAUUUAAAUUUAAAAAGUUUACCGCCAACCAUUCUUUUUAUGUCCUCAAGACAAUUUAAAAG